CUAGCCCUCCUGCAUCAUUCUCAUUCAGACAUUUUCACAAACACCUCUAUUCGCUCAUUCAGGCAUUUCACAAACACUUAGACACAGGAAACGUUUCAACAAAUGGCUAGGCCACAACAGCGAUACCGAGGUGUUCGACAAAGGCACUGGGGCUCUUGGGUCUCUGAAAUUCGCCAUCCUUUGCUUAAGACAAGAAUUUGGUUAGGGACAUUUGAAACGGCAGAGGACGCUGCCCGAGCCUACGAUGAAGCUGCCAGGCUAAUGUGUGGUCCAAGGGCUAGAACCAACUUCCCUUACAACCCGAAUGCACCACAGUCAUCGUCGUCGAAACUUCUCUCAGCUACUUUGACAGCCAAAUUGCAUAGGUGCUAUAUGGCUUCACUUCAAAUGACCAAAGCAUCAAUGCAAGAGCCUCAAAGAGUUCCUUCUUUGCAUCAUGUUGCUGCCAAUGGCAUUGUGGGAAAUGUCAAUGAGACGAGUACCUUGUCGCCUGAGAAGAGAUCAAUGGUGGUGCCUCAACAAGAGGACAAUUGGGUUGCCAGGAAAGUUGAAGUGCAGACCACCCAACAAUUCAAGCCACUGGAAGAUGAUCACAUAGAGCAAAUGAUUGAGGAAUUGGUCCAUUAUGGGUCUAUUGAACUCUGCUCUGUUGUGCCUUCCCAGGCAAUGUGAACUAGUCCAGAAAAUCCUCUCUCUCUCUCUCUCUCUCUCUCUCUCUCUCUC